AUGAUGCUGCGGUGUGCUGGUCCCAGACCGGCCGGGAAGGUGUAUCCAUCUGGUGUGAGUAUCUGCUCGGGAAGGGCCAUCCACGGAUUGUGUUGCCGUAACCAGAGCGCGGAUUGGAGCAGAAGCAGCAGCAGCAGCAGGCUGCUUUAGCUGGCGGUACGACGAUGGUUAUUGGACAUGUCCUUCCCGAGAAGAAUGAGUCUUUGGUGGAAGCCUACGAGAAGUGUCGCAGCUUGGCUGACCCCAAGUCCUGCUGCGACUACUCUCUCCAUGUUGGAGUAACAUGGUGGGGCCCCAAGGUGCGAGAUGAUAUGGAGAAGCUUGUGAGAGAGAAAGGAGUGAACUCUUUCCAGAUGUUCAUGGCCUACAAGGAGACGUUCAUGCUGAGGGACAGCGAGCUCUUCCAGGCCUUGCAGCACUGUAAGGACAUCGGGGCCAUUGCAAGGGUCCACGCUGAGAACGGGGAGCUAGUCGCAGAGGGUGCAAGGGAGGCUUUGGACCUUGGCAUCAGUGGCCCGGAGGGGAUUGAAAUCAGUCGGCCUGAAGAGCUGGAAGCUGAAGCAACCCACAGGGCAAUUACAAUCGCCAACAGGGCCCACUGCCCCAUCUAUCUGGUCAACGUGUCCAGCAUGUCUGCGGGAGAUGUGGUGGCCACAGCUAAGAUGCAAGGUAAGGUGGUUCAUGGAGAAACAACCACGGCCCACGCCGUCCUGAACGGCAUGCAGUACUAUCACCAGGACUGGGCUCACGCGGCCGCCCACGUCACCGUGCCUCCUCUCCGCCUGGACCCCACUACUCCGAACUUCCUAAUGAGCCUGCUGGGAAACGACACUCUAAACGUCCUGGCGUCCGAUCACCGUCCAUUCACAGUCAACCAGAAAGCCAUGGGCAAGGAUGACUUCACGAAGAUCCCUCACGGCCUUCCAGGCAUUCAGGACCGUAUGAGCGUCAUCUGGGAGAGGGGAGUGGUUGGAGGUAAAAUUGACGAGAAUCGCUUCGUUGCCGUCACGAGCUCUAAUGCAGCCAAGAUUUACAACCUGUACCCCCGGAAAGGCAGGAUCAUCCCCGGAGCAGAUGCUGAUGUGGUGGUCUGGGACCCCGAGGGAUCCAAGACCAUCUCGGUGGAUAACCAGUUCCAGGGAGGCGAUAUAAACCUGUACGAAGGGCUCCGUUGUCACGGUGUGCCCCUGGUCACCAUCAGCCGAGGACGUCUGGUCUAUGAAAACGGCAUGUUCACAUGUGCUGAGGGCUCUGGGAAAUUCUGCCCGUUGAGGACUUUCCCGGAUUGCCUCUACAAGAAAAUGGUUCAGCGAGAAAAGAGCCAGGCGGUUAAAGCCGUUGAGCGGGAGCCCUACCAAGGUGAUGUUGUUGCUGUGGCGAACUCAGGAAAGAGGGACAUGGGCGCUUCCGAUUUGGACACACCGACGCGCCCCUGCACCCGUCAUGGGGGCGUGAGGGACCUCCAUGAGUCCAGCUUCAGCCUGUCUGGUGCUCAGAUCGAUGACAACAUUCCAAAGAGAUCCUCGGCGCGGAUCCUUGCUCCGCCUGGAGGGAGAUCCAGCGGGAUCUGGUAACCAGUUAGAUGAAACACAACGCUUCGAAAAUGAUCGGCCGAGCAAGAAGACUUGUCUUUCUUUAAAAAACAAAAUGAUCAUGUAUGAAGUAAUGGAGUCAUGUUUUUUUUUUUUUGUUGUUGUUGUUUUUUUACUUGAAUUCAAUAUUAGGGACAGUAAGACUUGGCCAUAUUGAUUUACUGAAUGGGAAACAUUUGACAUGCGAUAACAGCUACCAAAAUUCAGUCACAAGGUAACCAAAUAUGACAGCAGCAUAUAGAAAAGCAGUUGCUGUUGAGUUCCUUUGAUUUAGAUUUUUUUCUUAUCGUGUUAGGGGAAAGCACUGUAUCUUAUAGUUUAGGAGACAUUGUUUUUAUGAUGCAAUUGUGUUACCUCACUGUAAGAUAAAUUUUUUGCACUUGUGACAUGUACUAUUUAGAUGCCUUUUUACAUCAUUUAAUAUCAUAAAAUGAUUUUUACUGCAGGCCUUGGUGAAUGAAAUGCAACUACUGUUGACACAAAGCUGAUAUGUAUUAAACAAGUUGUUGGUUUUGAUCAGUUGACGGGAAGAACCUGAAUUAAGCUUUCCUUUUUAAGUUGCUCUAGUUGUAUAUAUAUUUUUUAUGUUUGAGUUGAUUUGAGUAAUCGGGAUCAAAAAGAUGAAGGAGUUCUGUGUUCAGAUUAGCGUUUUCAGUUUAUGUUUACAGCUAUACAACGGGGGUGGGCUUCUAACUCAACCCCACUAAAUGUGAAUGAACCUCUGCUGUGACUGCUGUUUAUAUCACAACCGCUACUAUCACGUCAAGCACAACUGUUAUUCAUGGUAUUAACGCAUUCUUUAUGACCAUAAUUAUUUCCACACUGAACGAAAAGUCUCACCCAAACGGCCUUUUUAACACCUGACAACACUAUCCCCCACAAACUAAUGUGUAGAUCGUGAAAUGCUAGUAGCUGACCUUUCUGUCCGGCUCCCUUAAGGAUGGAGCACAGAUGUUUGCGCCAACACUUUCCAACCUUGCAUCGUCACUGUGAAACAGGCUGGAGAGUUGGAGGGUGUUAGGAAGUUAAUGCCAAGUUUCUACAUGGGAUCAAAUGCCUUCAGAUGUUAAAAGUAUGUAUGAUUGUUUAGUUAGAAGCUGGAGCAGAAACGCACUAGUACUUUUUUAGGCUUUCUGCUGUACGAUUGUAAAAUUUUACACUUAAAGUGACAUGUGAAUAAGUCUCUUUUAGUACCCAUGUUUUAUUCUGUUUAUAAGUGGAAGCAGGAAUAUGCACAGCUUAUUGCUCUUUCCGUUCUGUUUCUGUAGCCUUGUAACGCUCCAGUGGUUCUUGCAGUGUCUUUCCCCCUCCCAAACUACAUACUGUACACCGGUGCUGAACAAUGUGUUGUCACAUUGAAUUCUUCUUUUUUCCUGUUUUGUCUUGCAGCUCUUUUAUCACCUGAUUUAAGUGCAAAUAAACCACAAUGAAAUCAUG